CUCCAGAGAUUCUCUAACUUGUUUUCAGGUCUGUGGAAAAUGAAGCCGGUGAUAGGGACGGUGGUGUCGAACAAGAUGCAGAAGUCGGUGGUGGUAGCGGUGGAUAGACUCUUCCACAACAAGCUAUACAAUCGCUACGUCAAGCGUACUUCCAAGUUCAUGGCUCACGACGAGACGAACGCCUGUAACAUCGGCGAUCGAGUGAAGUUGGAUCCAUCAAGGCCAUUGAGCAAGCAUAAGAAUUGGAUUGUUGCUGAAAUCAUAAAGAAAGCAAGAAUCUAUUCUCCACAGGCUGCUGCGGCUCUCAAUUUCUCAGCGGCUAAAGAUCCCUCAGAGUCUUCGGUUCCCCCUGUUUCAUCUUCCUAAGGUGUAUCAGACUUCUUUUGGUGUUGAGUUUCAUUUGCAAGUUUCAGUGUUGUGGAACGCUCAUGUGACUUUUGCUGUUUCUGAAAAAUUAAGUUAUCUGACAUUUGGCACAACUACUAUGUGGCAAUAUUAGCUUGUUUGGCUUUCAGAUUUUUACGUUUUUGAAAUUGUUAGAAACCAUUGUGUAGUUGGCUACCUUGUCUUGGUCUUACCACUACAAGGUUUGGCAGGUCCCUUUCUCCUAAAGGUUUUCCAGUUAUUGU